UGGGCGUAAGCCGCACACCCGGGGGCAGGUUUGGUUCCUCCGGCGCAAUCGGGCGGUCCUCUGCGCAUUCCCCGCCCACACCCACAAGUACUUCUGCUGUUGCCUCGGCUCGCCAGACGGAGACGCAACCUUUGAGUCCCUGUGUGGCUUCUGUUGGGUCAGCGGCGUGAAGGCCCCUCCGCGGCGUGUCAUCGGCGCCUCCCGGGCCCUGGUGCGCCCGCCUGGCCGGCGGCGCUCACGCCGGAGUCUCCCGGCUGGUCAGGGGGUCCGGCCACCGCCUCAACGGCGGCUCCGCCGGACUCGCGGACCGGGCCGCAGCCCAUGCCCCGGGCGGACGGCGUCAUGAGGCACCUGCCGUAUUUCUGCCGGGGCCAAGUGGUGCGGGGCUUCGGCCGGGGCUCCAAGCAGCUGGGCAUCCCCACAGCAAACUUUCCUGAACAAGUAGUAGAUAAUCUCCCUGCUGAUGUAUCCACUGGCAUUUACUAUGGUUGGGCCAGUGUUGGAAGUGGAGAUGUCCAUAAGAUGGUGGUGAGCAUAGGCUGGAACCCAUACUACAAGAAUACAAAAAAGUCCAUGGAAACUCAUAUCAUGCAUACCUUUAAAGAGGACUUCUAUGGGGAAAUCCUCAAUGUGGCUAUUGUUGGCUACCUCAGACCAGAAAAGAACUUUGAUUCUUUAGAGUCACUUAUUUCAGCCAUUCAAGGUGAUAUUGAAGAAGCUAAGAAACGACUAGAUCUACCAGAACAUUUGAAACUCAAAGAAGACAGUUUUUUCCGGGUUCCUAAAGGCAAAAUUAUGAAUGGCCACUGAUGAAAUAUCAUCUUAUUUAUUCAUUCACUGAUUUCUAGUAUUUCACUGUUUAUAACUGUCAUGUCUCAUCUUAGUUAUAUUUUAAAAAUCAUUUUCCUUCCACUGUCAUUAGUUUAAACAGUACAAUUUAGUUACCAUAUUGUGCUUCACUUAUUAAAUUAAACCAAUCGUGUCAUAGCACUACAAAGAUUCAUUUAAAAAUCAAGAUUUUUUAAUGUAUUAUGUUGAUUAAAAUGUACCACAAGAAAGGUAUCAGGUGUCUUACGAUGGAAAUGUAGAUGAUACAAGUAUGGAUAAAAAGGCAAGUGACUAGUUUGAGAUUAGAACUAUAAUUCGCAUAGUAAAACGCCAGCAUGUGUGUACUUGUAUAGCAUAUGCAGCUAAGCAGAGAAAGAUUAUAAAAGUAAAUACAAUACAUUAAACUUGCUGGACACAGUGGCUCAUGCCUGUAAUCCUGGCCCUGCGGAAGGCUGAGACAGGAGGAUCAUUUAGGCUCAGAAAUUCAGAACCAACAGCCUGAGCAAAAAGAAGACCUUGUCUUUACUAAAAAUAGAAUAAUUAGCCAGAUACAAUAUCACGAACUUAUAGUCCUAGCUACUAGGGAGGCUGAAGCAAGAGGAUCACUUGAGCCUAGGAUUUUGAGGUUGCUGUGAGCUAUGAUGAUGCUAUUGCACUUUGCCUGGGGUGAAAAGCAAGCCUCUGUCUUAAAAAAUAAAAUGUAAAUAGAUUAAACAAAAGUUUGAUAGUUUAUUGUAAACUUAAGGGAAAAAUUCACAUUUUUGGUAUUUUAUGCAUUAAUCUAUUAUUACAAAUGUGAAAUAUCAUUUUGGUUAUUUCCUGUGAAGUUAUCAUUGUACCAUGUUAAUUGUUCUACAGAGCUGCCUCAAUUCUAAGUGGUCCAGAUUUCCUCUGCUUUUUUUUUUUUUUUUUGGUAUA